UCCCCGGCGCGCCCCCUCCCCGGGACUGUCGACGCCCCCCAGUCCCUCAUUUCCACAAAGCUCUGCGGCUGCCCUGCCCUCCCAGUCCCUGCGGCGCCCUGCUGUCCGUGGCGCGGUCCCGCCCCCGCCUUGCCCGGCCGGCCUCCUUCCCCUCCCGGAGCAGCGCGUGAGGACGGCUGAGGCCGCAGGAGUGAUUGGGAGAACAAUGCAUGUAAGUCUGACAUCAUGAUGUCCAUCCGGCAAAGAAGAGAAAUAAAAGCCACAGAAGUUUCUGAGGACUUUCCAGCCCAAGAAGAAAAUGUGAAGUUGGAAAAUAAAUUGCCAUCUGGUUGUACCACUAGAAGAUUAUGGAAGAUUCUGUCAUUGACGAUUGGUGGAACUAUUGCCCUUUGCAUUGGACUUCUUACAUCUGUCUACCUUGCCACGUUACAUGAAAAUGAUUUAUGGUUUUCUAAUAUUAAGGAAGUGGAGCGAGAAAUCUCAUUCAGAACAGAGUGUGGCCUGUAUUACUCCUACUACAAGCAGAUGUUGCAGGCUCCAACCCUCGUGCAAGGUUUUCGUGGUCUAAUAUAUGAUAAUAAAACUGAAUCUAUGAAGACAAUUAACCUCCUUCAGCGAAUGAAUAUUUACCAAGAGGUUUUUCUCAGUAUUUUAUAUAGAGUUCUACCCAUACAGAAAUAUUUAGAGCCAGUUUAUUUUUAUAUUUACACCUUAUUUGGGCUCCAGGCGAUCUAUGUCACAGCUCUCUACAUAACCAGCUGGCUCCUUAGUGGUACGUGGCUGUCAGGACUACUGGCAGCUUUCUGGUAUGUCACAAAUAGAAUAGAUACCACAAGAGUUGAGUUCACCAUCCCACUGAGAGAGAACUGGGCGCUGCCAUUCUUUGCAAUUCAGAUAGCAGCAAUUACGUAUUUCCUGAGACCAAACUUACAGCCUCUUUCUGAAAGGCUGACACUUCUUGCCAUUUUCAUAUCAACUUUUCUCUUUAGCCUGACAUGGCAAUUUAAUCAAUUUAUGAUGCUGAUGCAAGCAUUAGUGCUGUUCACACUGGACUCCCUGGACAUGCUGCCAGCAGUGAAGGCAACAUGGCUCUAUGGAAUACAGAUAACAAGUUUACUCCUGGUCUGCAUUGUUCAGUUUUUUAAUUCCAUGAUUCUUGGAUCGCUGCUCAUCAGUUUUAACCUUUCAGUAUUAAUUGCAAGAAAACUUCAGAAAAAUCUGAAAACUGGAAGCUUCCUUAAUAGGCUUGGGAAACUUUUGUUACAUUUAUUUAUGGUUUUAUGUUUGACACUUUUUCUCAACAACAUAAUUAAGAAAAUUCUUAACCUGAAGUCAGAUGAACACAUAUUUAAAUUUCUGAAGGCAAAAUUUGGGCUUGGAGCAACAAGGGAUUUUGAUGCAAAUCUCUAUCUGUGUGAAGAAGCUUUUGGCCUCUUGCCUUUUAAUACAUUCGGAAGGCUUUCAGAUACUCUGCUUUUUUAUGCUUACAUAUUUGUUCUGUCCAUCACAGUGAUAGUAGCUUUAGUUGUUGCCUUUCAUAAACUCAGUGAUUCUACAAAUCAACAAUCCAUGGGUAAAAUGGAAAAAGGUACUGUUGACCUGAAACCAGAAACUGCCUACAACUUAAUACAUACCAUUCUGUUUGGAUUCUUGGCAUUGAGUACAAUGAGAAUGAAAUACCUAUGGACGUCACACAUGUGUGUGUUCGCAUCAUUCGGCCUGUGUAGCCCCGAAAUAUGGGAGUUACUUCUGAAGUCAGUCCGUCUUUAUAAGCCAAAGAGGAUAUGUAUAAUGCGAUAUUCAGUACCGAUAUUAAUUCUGCUGUAUCUGUGCUAUAAGUUCUGGCCAGGAAUGAUGGAUGAACUCUCCGAGUUGAGAGAAUUCUAUGAUCCAGAUACAGUGGAGCUGAUGAACUGGAUUAACUCUAACACUCCAAGAAAGGCUGUGUUUGCUGGAAGCAUGCAGUUGCUGGCUGGAGUCAAGCUGUGCACAGGAAGGACCCUAACCAAUCACCCACACUACGAAGACAGCAGCCUGAGAGAGCGGACCAGAGCGGUUUAUCAGAUAUAUGCCAAGAGGGCACCAGAGGAAGUGCAUGCCCUCCUGAGGUCCUUCGGCACCGACUACGUAAUCCUGGAAGACAGCAUCUGCUACGAGAGGAGGCAUCGCCGGGGCUGCCGACUCCGGGACCUGCUGGACAUCGCCAAUGGCCACAUGAUGGAUGGCCCAGGAGAGAAUGAUCCUGAUUUGAAACCUGCAGACCACCCUCGCUUCUGUGAAGAGAUCAAAAGAAACCUGCCUCCCUACAUGGCCCACUUCACUAGAGUGUUCCAGAACAAAACCUUCCACGUUUACAAGCUGUCCAGAAACAAGUAGCGCAGAUUUCUGCCCAGUGUCUAUUUUUGAUACAGUGAAACUGCAUCCUGAUGAAACUCGGUAGAUGACAUUUUCUGUGUAAGUAGGUAGCCCGAGACUUCAAGCUGUGAUAGGAGUUAAGUUCUACAGAUGUUUACACAAGCGUUGCCGUCUUUGAAAGCAUCUUCUACAAGCAGAAGUCUUUUUUGUUGUGUCUUUCUCAUUAAUGUUCUUUAGCCUAAAUGUUCACAGCUUUCUAAGAGUGACCUAGAAUGAUGUUGUUGGAAAGAAUGAUGUGUAUUCCCGUGGAUACCUGGAUAGGCACAUAUCACGUUGGAAGAUGGGCACCUGCUCAGGAUUUGAAAUACUUUUAAUUUUCAGGUGACUUAGGUCAGCUAUGAUUGAAUCAACUAGACAGGAUGAUUGACUUAUUUAAUGAUUCCUCUGGUGAAGACCAACUGUUUUUAAAAAGCUGUUUAUUGUCCUGUUUUACCUUAAAAUGUUAUAAUAGUUUCCAAUUGUUAUGCUUUUAACAUUAGCAAAAAAAAAAAAAAUCAUGUUAGGUCUUUGUAUCAAACAUUUUGUUACAUACUGAAAUGUAACGUGGAGUACUUCAGCGGUAUGUAUCGUGUAUUUGUGUGUGUGUGUGUGUGUGUGUGUGUGUGUGUAUGUAUGUGUUAAUGCUGGGCACAGAAAAGUAUUACAGGUUCCAUAUUGUAAGUCCUUAAAGGGGCAGAAAUGUAUGUAGCCAAGAAGUAUUCAUUAAGUUUAGUGUUACUAUUUUAAAACCUACUAAUAAUCUUUAACCUCUCCUAUUUUGCUUUCUUACUCAUUUCAAUUUAUUGGGUUUGCAAAAUUUUGUAAACUUCUUGUGUUUUUAGCCUUUGUAUUUUUUACAGCCUAGAGCCUUGCAAAGUCUGAAUAUUUUUUAAAUGUUAUAUCUUAACUGGUUCACUAAUACGGUAUUUUUAGCAGACAGCAUUUCAGACAGCAUUUUCAUACCAAGUUUGACUUGUGGUCUCCAAUCUUACUGGGAGGGCCCUGGUGUAACUCUUUUCCUUACUAAAAGUGCCUCUAAGUCAUGCUUAUUUGUAAACAACAAAGAAGAGUAUAUGUACCUGCUCAAAAUUUGUUUGAUAAUUACGUAUAUAAUUAAUUUCCAAUGAUGAGGAUGUGUAAAAGUUGCUAGGAAGAACAUAUUAUGCAUUUAAUUAAAUCAAGAUGGCUAAUGGAAUUAACUUUCCUCCCGUGUUCUUGCCAGGUGGAAAUGAUUUAAGCAUUUCUCCUUGCAUUUGUAUUGAAGUAAAUUACCAUAGGCAUCAAGAUGGCUGCGCCACGUUUUCAAAUGCUUUUAUAUUCAGUUAUUAUUAAGCAGCAUUCAAAAAAAAUUUUACACUGUCAAGGUUGGACACAAGCAGACUCAGCUUUUAUCAAAACUUGUUUAAAUAAAAAAUUGACAGUAGCUAGGUUAUUAAAUUAUGCAACUGAAACUCCUGAAUUAUACCUUACUGUAUCCCUUAGUAAGAUUGGAGACCACUGCAGGAUAAUACAGUAUAAAAUAGGAUAAUACAAUAAUAAAACAUUUUAUUCAGUACUGAAACUUUAAUUAAGCCAAUAAUGAUGCAUACCUGUUGUAGCUGACAGCAUGGGUCAGUACAUCCUUCAGCGAGUGCCUUACUCUAAUUGAAACCAAGCACAUGUAAGGUACAAUAUGUUAGACGGUGGUUUUGUUUUGAAAAUUCUGUGUUACAGCUAUAUUUAGAUUUAUUUUAAAUAUUCCUAUGUGUAUUCAUCUAAGCACUUGGGCAUUUGGAGUCUCAGUACACAAGAAGCAUGUACUUAAAUUUUUAUGCUUAUCACCACGAUGAUGGCAUACAGUGAUUUUUUUUUUCAUAGUUUAGGUGUCAUUAUUGCCAGCACCUUUAGUGCUCAGUCUUUAGUGAAAAAUACAAAGUGCCAAAAAAACUUGCAAGACCGAAUCCAUACUUAACACUCUGUCCAAGACACUGUGACCAUGUAAAGUAGAAGUUUUUAUGUCCUGACGACCAAAUCACUCAACGAAUCAUGUUAUGAGUCAAGAUUUUUAGCACUCGUCAGUAUUCUCUGGUGUGACCUUCUCAUCAGAGUGCACAGAAGGAAAGCAAGGAAGAGCAUCUGACUUCUGGCUCUGGCUUACAGCCUCUCCCCUAGACCGAAGCAAGAGGCCCACAGCUGCAGCUCCCUGCCACUCAGACCUGAUUGGGGAGAGCCUCCAAGAAUGGCUCUGUUUGCUAUUGAUGGAAACCCCACCUGAUUUUGCUUCUGAGUCAGCAGUCAGAAGACUCUCCAAGUACAAUUGAAGUGCUCUUACGGACUCUGCCUACGUGACUCCCGGGCCCUGGAGUCUCCGUCUCUCUCGUGAGCCACCCGCCCUGGCACAGCUGGAGGCUGCUCUCUGGUGUUCUCAGUGCCCUGGCUCCCUCCCUUGAGCUGUGCGCCCGUCCCAGACUUCUCUGUGCAAGUUCUACUUCCUCUUGUAAGUACACAACUCGAUUCUAAGUAUUUACAUACACACAACAUACGGCUGUGAAAGAAAGAGCUCUUUCUGCACAAAUUAAGCUGAAUGCUUUGGUAAGAAGUGGUAAAGGUUGAGUUGCCAAUAAAAAUUGUUUUUAAAUUAGGUGCGGCUGGGAAAAUUAUAAGAUACUGGGGAAAAUAUACAAAUCAAGAACAUUUCUGAGCUUAGAUUGCUUCAUAGAUUUAUUUAAGUACUCAUCCUACCCUUACAGACUCUAAACUGAGAAGAAGGUACCCAGAUCAUGUUAUUGGUGUGAUUUAUGUGAGAAGUAGGACUAUAGUCAUUGGACCCUUAGGCAAAGGAAAACCGUGUCUUUGUAUCAGAGGAUUAGCAAAUGAAUGCACAGUUACACAGUUUAGGUUAUGAUUCCCUACUUUAACUGGCUUGCUUUAUUAAAUGGCUAACUACUGAUACUGAUCACAAUAGUUAUUAGAGAUUCUAAUGUAUUCGGAAGGUUCUAAUCACUUUUAUUAACAGGCAUUUGAAAAAUAGGGAUUAAUUUCAAAUAUAUUAGCUAGGAGCAUAAUUAGAUAUUACCCAGGCCAUUGUCAUCCUGUUGGUGAUUUUCCCCACCCUUGCGAGAUCAACGUGACAAGAGAGUGUGUGGGUGUGUGUUUGGGUGUGUGCUUUUGGUUGGGUCCUGCCAGGUGGCAAAGGCAUAUGUAAAUACAUCAUCUCAUCUGCAUCUUUAUUUCACAGUGAACUAAAAGUAAAAAUAUCUAAUCUGAUUUCGUAUUAACUUUGAGAUGUAAAAAUUUGAGUUUAUCUUUGGCCCAAAUCUACCUGAAUUAACAUGCAAAUAUUUGAUUUUUAAAAUGUAAUUCAAAUCGCAAAAUCAGUCAAGUGUUCUCAGACCCUCCCUGUAUUUUAGUUACUAUGUCCCCAAAUGCUUUAUACGUGGCAACCGUUUGGACUAAGAGAGUGUUUAUCUAUCGUUGAAAAAACGCUUUUGAGAUGAGAGAGUGUCUUACUUUCUUGUGGCAAAUGGUUUUCUGUUUUUAACAUCCUUUGGGUACAAUCUUACAAAGAGCUUUUAUAAUUUGUUGUACUGAAUUGUAUGGAGAUUGUAUACUAAGUAAAGCUCUUUUAAAUU